CGUCCAUUCAUCCAUUCAUCUGCCCGUCUGUCUGCCUGCCUGCCUGCCCGCCGGACAAAGCCUAGAGCCCGCGCUGGAGCCAUGUCCUCGUCCGCUGGCAGCGGCCACCAACCCAGCCAGAGCCGCGCCAUCCCUACCCGCACCGUGGCCAUCAGCGACGCCGCGCAGCUACCUCAUGACUAUUGCACCACGCCCGGGGGGACGCUGUUCUCCACCACGCCCGGAGGAACCCGAAUCAUUUAUGAUCGAAAAUUUCUGUUGGAUCGUCGAAAUUCUCCCAUGGCUCAAACCCCACCCUGCCAUCUGCCCAAUAUCCCAGGAGUUACUAGCCCUGGCACCUUAAUCGAAGACUCAAAAGUAGAAGUAAACAAUUUGAACAAUCAUGACAGGAAGCACGCAGUUGCAGGGGAUGAUUCUCAGUUUGAGAUGGACAUCUGACCUGCUGCAGGAACUGAAGGAAAGCAGCAACCCUGAUGUGAUCCACAGGACCAGCAGUGGGAAGACAGGCAGAACCAGCAGCCUCUAGGGCUACUCCCACCUCCCCUCUUCCCCAAGUGCCAAGAAGAUGAGCUGCAUCUGGCUGUUUGUUCUCCUGUUUCCUGUCCUCUGCCCAGCUGGACAAAUCAGUUUGAAGGCACUAGAGGCAUUUCUGUAGAGCUAAGCUGUCCAUGGAAGAUAACACUUACACUG